AUGUUGUUCUUCCGCCGUCGCAUAGACAACAACUUGGAAGCAAAUGACACACCGCGCCCAGUCAACGAGAAGCCCCAGAGACUUGACGACAGACCUUCACCCCGGCAAUGGUUCCAGACCGCAUGGCCAGAUCUCCUCCUGAUGGCGGUGCUGGGAACGUUAGCUCUCGUCAUCUGGCGCCUGAGACCCGCUGCGCACCGUCUCUUCCCCGUCUACUUCGAGAACGGCGAGGUGGUCUACCCUCAGUACGCAUAUCCACUCCGCAAAGAGAUCAUUCCCACGUGGCUCUCGGCCGUAUUGUCCCUCGUGGUGCCCAUCACGGUCUUCCUCAUCAUGCAGGCGCGCAUACGUAGCUUUUGGGAUUUGAACAACGCAAUCACCGGCCUCCUCUAUGCAGUCCUCACCGCCGCUGUGUUCCAAGUCUUCGUCAAGUAUCUCAUCGGCGGCCUGCGUCCACACUUCUAUGACGUGUGCAAGCCCGUGGUCCCCACGUCCGGCGCCAAUUACGGGAAAGGCCUCAAGAUGCUCUUCUACGACCGUAGCGUCUGCAGCGGGACCGACAAAAGGGCCAUCGACGACGCCAUGAUGUCGUUUCCGUCCGGCCACUCGACCGCCGCGUUCGCCGGCGCCGUGUUCCUGAGCCUCUAUCUGAACGCGAAGCUCAAGCUCCUCUCCAACCAUCACCCGGCCUACUGGAAGCUGGUGGCCGUCGCUUUGCCGCUGUUGGGCGCCACCUUGAUCGCCGGAGCGCUCACCAUCGACAAGUUUCACCACUGGUAUGACCUCGUCGCCGGCGCGCUGCUCGGAACUCUCAUGGCCUUCAUGGCGUACCGCAUGGUGUACGCGGCCGUGUGGGACUUUCGGUUCAACCACGUGCCGCUGGUGAGGGAUGCACCAUUCCCAUACAAGCUCCGCCAGGGCAGAACGGAUGGGUUUGAAGACAAAGUUUUUACCAGGAGGGCCGGUUGGGGCGCGCCUGACGGAGGCAGGGAAGACGGCGUCAUGGCACCAGCUGCUGUUUGA